UAGGGUUGUGCCUGGCAGUGGUAAAAGCAAUGUGGUGGAGUUGUCGCAUUUGACUAAAGUAAAUCCUGGGCUUCUUGUCGAGGCUUGGGCUGGGCCGAGCGUGAGAGAGGGAGAUGGCUAUGGCGUGGUAAGCGAGGGUCUCUCUGUGGGGCUAUGGCUGUGGAUGAGAGGGGAGAUGGGAGCCGCGCAGCUCUUAGAGCUGCAGCUCACCUCAGGCGUCCACGCUCGUCGCGCACUUCCAAAGGAACGUCAAGAGACAGAGAUUUCGACUUGAAUGUGGCGCCUGCGGCUGUGGAGCACGAGGCCCUUGUUUCCUGCCAAGAAGAACAAGAGCGCCAAGAAAUUCACAGGCACGAGGCGCAGCCGGAUGGGGGAAUUGAGGUGCCGCAGCAGGAGGUGGCGAGCAAGCGCAGGAAGCACAGGCCCAAAGUAGUAGCACUCGUCCCGACUGGGACGUCGACCACCCCGAGCCCGAGCAAGCCAAAGCCAAGGCCAAAGCCGAGGAGUGGUGGCGCGAGACCAGAAAACAAUGCCCAGAGGUCUCCCCGGCCCAGGAAGAGGCGAAAGCAGGAGGUAUUCCUGUCGCAGUCCGUGCCGAUCGGAUCUGAAGCCGGGGGUCUGGGAUUCACGGUACAAAUCAGGGGGCCUCUCCACCAACAGAUUGUUUCCGAGCAAUCCGUGCUUGUGGAGCGCUCUGUGCUUGUGGAGCAGCAGCGGCAGCUUGUUGUCGAUGUCGAGCAAUCCAAACAGCGGCAGGAGGAGGAAGAGGAGAUCGACCAGGAGUUUCCCUGGCACAAGCAAUUCCUCCAGCUGCAGCAAGCUCAAGGCGGCAAGGCGAAAAAGAACAAGGCACAAAUGCAAUCCGUGGAACAGGGCGUGGAGGUGCUGGCUAGACUGCUCGAGAGGUUGAUGCUUAAGGAUAACAGCAGCUUGAGCCUGGUGCCCUUUGUUGGCGCUGGACCUGUGGUUCCAGCGAGCAAUAUCAAGAAGAAGAAACCUCGGGCAAAGGUGCAGCUCGAUCCGGAGAGCACUCGGGUGUGGAAGCUUCUCAUGGCUAACGAGGGAGAGAGCGAUGAGACGACGAAGAACUGGGAGAAAGAAAGGCAGGACAUGAAACAAAAGGCACUCUGUUUCAUUGAGAAGAUGCAUCUCAUCCAAGGAAAUCGAAAAUUUAGCAAGUGGAAAGGAUCAGUAGUGGAUUCUGUUAUCGGAGCAUUCCUCACGCAGAAUGUGUCGGACCAUUUGUCGAGCUCCGCAUUCAUGGCGAUGGCCUCGAGAUUUCCAGUCAAGAAUCAGCCUGAUGCUACUUGUUCUUCCUGCUCCUGCGAGCGCGAACAUUGCUGCACUCCUCAAGAUGAUGUUCGCAGCCAAUGCAAGCACAAAGAAGUUGUGUGUGUCGAGGGAGAGGAGGAAGAAGUGUUUAUGGAGGGGAGGCGUAAGGUCCGGCGGGCCUUGUUUACAAAGCAUGACAAGGAACAGCCGCCAAGCGUGGGUGACGAGGAGCAGCUGCCAAGCGUGGAUGACAGGGAGCAGCCGCCGAGCGUAGAUGACAAGGAGCAGCCGCCGAGCGUGGAUGAAGAAACAGCUGAUCAACAACCGGGAGACGAUCUGAGUUCCAGCAGCAACAGCAGCUGCCUCACGGAGGUAAGCGUAGCAGCUACCAUCACCACUUGUGCGAGCACGACAGCUCUGUCGCAUGGCGAGGAGAAUGAAACCAAGGCCAGCAACAAGAGGUCCCGGAAGGAGACGACCGUGACCGGCAAAGAGCGUGCGUUGUUGGAGCAUACCCGUGGCAGCACAAAGAAGUCAUAUGACUGGGAAAGCAUCAAGUCUAAGGUGACUUCUCGGGGACCAAAUGCACCAAGGCCAGAAGAUAGUGCAGAUUGGCAUGCGGUGAGGCUGGCUGAAACGAAGGAAGUGGCGGACGUAAUCAAGGAGCGAGGGAUGAACAACAUCUUGGCUGGCCGGAUGAAGGGGUUCCUAGAUAGGGUGUAUGAAGAACACGGCAGCAUCGAUCUCGAAUGGAUCAGAGAUGUGCCACCCCAAGACGCAAAGGACUUCCUGUUGAGCAUACGGGGCCUUGGACUAAAGAGCGUGGAAUGCAUUCGAUUGUUGGCACUGGACCACCUCGCGUUUCCUGUGGAUACGAACGUUGGAAGGAUCUUGGUGCGCCUCGGUUGGGUGCCUAUUCAGCCGUUGCCAGAAGAACUGGAGCUUCAUCUUUUGGAACUAUACCCGGUGCAAGAAACCGUCCAAAAGUAUAUAUGGCCGAGGCUGUGCACGCUGGAUCGACUCACGCUAUACGAGCUACACUACCAGAUGAUUACGUUUGGGAAGGUGUUUUGCACUAAAACCCGGCCUAAUUGCAAUGCCUGUCCCAUGAGAAUGGAGUGUAGGCACUUUGCAAGUGCGUAUGCAAGUGCUAGGCUUGCUUUGCCAGCCCCUCCUACACAAUGUCAACAACAAGGUGACAAGGCAGGACCACAACAACAAGAAGAAGUUUUGACACUCCCGCCUCCAGUCUCGCUGCCUCCAGCCACGCUUACAAAUGUUGUUGCAACACCUAAGAAAUGCGAGCCAAUUAUUGAGGAGCCUGGAUCUCCCGAGCCUGAGCCCGAGUCAGAGUCAUGCGAGGGCUCAUCAACAUGUCCCGACAUGGAAGAUCUGUUAUUCACACAAGGAAGCGAGACUUUGCAUUUGAAUCUGAUCGAGCAAACUCAGGCACCACCACAAUAUACUGUCGCAUCUGCCUCAUCCAAGGAACUCAUGGUAUUGCCUCCCGAAUUUGCUUACAUUCCCGUUCCGAAGUUAAAAAACAUUUUUCGCCUUCGAACAGUUCACUAUGUGUAUGAGCUUCCAGAUCACCAUCCGCUGGUUCAACAGCUGGAACCCAGGGAGAAAGACGACCCUUGUUUCUACUUACUGGCACUAUGGAGCCAAGACGAGCAACCGCAAAACUCACAGCUUGAGAAUCAACAACGCGUUGAUGACGAAUUUGUGAAAGGAACAUUGCUGAUUCCAUGUCGAACGGCAAUGCGUGGAAGUUUUCCUUUAAAUGGCACCUAUUUCCAAGUGAACGAGGUGUUCGCAGACAGUGAAACAGGCAAUUUUCCUUUAAAUGUAUCACGUAGCCUUUUGUGGAAUUUGCAUCGAAAGUUUGUAUACUUCGGAACAUCAGUUCCAGCCAUUUUCAGAGGUCUAACCGCAGACGAGGUUCAAGCUUGUUUCUGGAAGGGUUACGUUUGUGUCCGAGGAUUUGAUCGCAAGUCACGAUCACCGCGGCCACUAGCGGCAAGACUGCAUAUCGCCCCAAGCAACAGAAAAGGGCAACCCAUUUUUAACGAUGGCGAUGAUUAACUUCCCGAUCGAGGAAGAUCAAGUGUAACAUCGAACCAAAAGAAUCUAGCUCUCGAUUCAUUUCA